UCCUCUUUCUCUGAACUCACUUUCACUCUCCUCCCUCUCAAACUACUACUACUGCCAUUUUUUUUUCUUUCCUAAUUCAAAUCUAGGGUUUUCUUUUUUUUUUUUUCUUAUCUUAUUUUUUUCAUAUGAUUUUUCUAUCUUUUCUUUUUUCUUUUUUGCUGCUUCUUAAGUAGUUUUUUUUUUAUUGAAGAGGGGUAGGCGAGAUUUCAAAUUUUCUGGGGUUUGGAAGAAAUCUGCUGCUGUUCAGUGACUAAAAAACACUCGGGAAGUUUCAAAAUUCAAUCUUUAAGAUCUGGGGCUUCUUAAUUUGCCAUCAAAACCCUAAUUUUACCCAGUUUGCCAGAUUUUUGAGUGUUUCAACUUAUGGGUAAGCUCUAAUUAUUGCCUUUUGGGAGUAAUUGAGGUUUUUUCUUCAUCAGGAAGGGUUUAAAACCCUAAUUCUGGAUCUUAAACCCUUAAAGGUUUCAGUCUUUCUUGCUGUUUGAGCAUCUGUGUAAGUUUAAAUCUUGGUUUAAUUGAGAAAUUUGAAUUUUUUGGGUUAAUUUAGAAGUGAUUUUUGUGAAUAAUUGGGUGAGGUAAAUGUAUGGAUGGGAGAGAAGGUAUGGCGUUGCAAGGUUCAGCACCAUAUUAUAUGCAUAGAGCAAUUCCUGGUUCAGUUGGGUCAGGUGCAGGGCAACCUGGAUUGAACACACCAUCUUCAGGGUUUAGACCCUCUUCAAACCCUAAUAUUUCAUCUCAGCAAAUUGUUAGGGCUAAUAAUUCUGUGGGUCCUGGAUUCAAUGUAGAAGGAUCCCAACCCAAUGUGCCUCAAGGGUUCACUAUUACUGUGGCUUCAAUUGGGGGUUCAUUGAGUGAGCCUACAAAGAAGAAGAGAGGAAGGCCUAGGAAAUAUGGGCCAGAUGGUUCUGGUCCCGGGGCGGCAUCGGUGUCUGGUACCAUGGCGUUGGGGCUCUCCCCGUCUACCCCGAAUUCGAGUGCCCUUGCGGAAAGGAAGAAGAGAGGAAGACCUCCUGGGUCUGGGAGGAAGCAGAGAUUGGCUUCUGUUGGUGAUUGGAUGAAUAAUUCAGCAGGCAUUGCAUUUAUGCCGCAUGUCAUUCAUGUUGCACCCGGAGAGGAUGUUGCCUCUAAAAUACUCUCAUUUUCACAGCAGCGGCCAAGAGCUCUAUGUAUUAUGUCAGGCAGUGGUGGUGUUUCUGCUGUCACAUUACGUCAGCCUGGAUCGGCAACUGGGACUGUCUCAUUUGAGGGCCGUUUUGAGAUACUAUGCUUAUCUGGUUCAUACUUGGUUGCUGAAACUGGUGGGUCGCGUAAUCGUACUGGAGGUGUUAAUGUUUCUCUUUCAAGUCCUGAUGGGCAUGUGAUUGGUGGUGCAGUUGGAGGAAGGCUUGUUGCUUCAAAGGCAGUUCAGGUUGUAGUGUGCAGUUUUGUUUAUGGGAAUCCGAAGGGCAAGGAGUCGGAUUCAAUGGAUGAUAAGAGCUCUGAACAACUUUUAAGUGAUAAAUCAUCAGCACAGAUUAAUAAUGCUUCUUCUAGCCAAAAUGUUCCUGGCUCAUGGCCUGGUUCUAAAGGGAUAGAUCUAAAGAAUCCCAACACUGACAUUGACUUGGCGAGUGGAUGACACUGAUAAAAUACAUAUCAUGUUACUAGUUUGGGCGAUUUGUAAAUACAUUGUGUUGUGUAUUUAAAGCCUUUUAGAUGCAUGAGCUUCCGGAUCAUCAGUUCCUUACGGAGUAGGGUGAAAAAGAUAACAGACGUUUCCUGACCUUUGUGACGAAGCUUACGGUCUUGAAGCCCUGAGUUCAGAAUCAUAUAUUGGCUGAUUUUGGGGUAGCCAAAUUUGAGAUAACCCAGUUUAGGUAGCAGCAUUGGUAGGUGUAUUUUACAGCUAAGAAGAGUUUAUGAUGAGUGUUUGAGUGCUUCAGAUUCUGUUGUAACUCUCUAGUUGACCAUUCUUAGUUUCUGAUAAAAUUAUUUUUAAUGUUAUCUUCCUCAUUUGUGAUUGUUUGUGUC